AGAUGCAGUGCCUUAGACCACUGCACCACUGGGGAGCCCUUAGAGCAAGGGAGAGUGAUGAUCAGAGAGACAAAGUCCUUGGUGGAAAUCUUGGAAGUUGAGUUUAAAAACAACCAACUUAAAGCUAUGAAUGUACCUAGCAAGCUAACGUAGCUAGCUUGCACUCGAGUCAGACAACUAGCUACAGUUACCCAUAGUUGGCUAGAUAGUUUUUUUGUUUGGUCGUUUAUUCCAAUACAUUUUAGUAUUCCUAAAAGCUACCUACGUUGAUUAAAUGUGACACUUCGCGGCCCCCGGAUUAUGACGCUUAACUACAGUUUGCAUUGAAUUGUGCGUCAUAUCAACCAUAAGUGGUCUAAAUUCGUCACUCGCUCCCUUGAGCUAAAUCGAGGGCAGAGGGGGCAAAGUUAGUGAAUUGGACCUUCAUUUAAGAUGGAAAUCAAACUGCAUCCGGUUUCAACGGGGAUUCCCCUAAAUGAAAGGGAAGAAAUAACUUGUUUGGACUACAGCACCCGACUUUUAUUUUGAAAAUUCAGGGGAUAGCGAAAGUCGUGGCACAGGAUGUUGUCAUUUUUUGGUCUGGUUUCUUCCUAUUCAGUUCUAGCUAGCUAAUGUGUUAAUAAAAUUUGCUAGACUGUUAGCUUAACUAGAUACAAAUACAUUGGUAACAUGGAUCGGCCAGAAGUAACGUUUUCUUUAGCCUACAUAGUAUUAGCGUUUUGCUUUGUAUUCACACCAAAUGAAUUUCGAUCAGCUGGUUUCACCGUGCAAAAUCUGUUUUCAGGAUGGCUUGGAAGUGAAGAUAUUGGUUUCAUUCAAUAUCAUGUGAGGAGAACGAGCGUCACUUUACUAGUUCAUUCAACUUUGCCACUUGGGUACUACAUGGGAAUGUGCAUAGCUGCUCCAGAAAAGUAUCUGGCCUAUGUUCACUUAAUAAGUGAUGGCUGGAGGGCUUUCUUCACAUUGUCACUGGCUCUUCAGCUCUUUAGCUGGGUGCUCGUCAUCUACUGGUCUCGGCACAAAUGGGGAAAUCAUCCAAUAUCGCAGAACCUUAAAGCCCAUGCAUUGCCCCAGUCCGGCUGGGGGGCAGUUGCCUCCUCUGUCAACACAGAAUUUCGCCGCAUUGACAAGUUUGCAACGGGUGCCCCUGGUGCAAGGGUUCUCAUCACUGACACCUGGAUCAUGAAGGUCACUACCUAUUAUGUACAUAUUGCACUGCAGCAAGACACUCACUUGACAGUCACAGACUCAAGGCAACACCAGCUCUCCCCUGACUCAGCCACUCCUGUUCAGAUCCUGACACUCCGAGUCGCUAGCAUCAACCCCAGCGUCAAGCCCUUUGACAUAAGGCUCAAUUCAACAGAAUAUGCAGAACUGCGAGAGAAGCUGCAUGCACCAAUCAGGAAUGCUGCCAACGUGGUCAUUCACCAGACUAUGAGUGACCUCUUCUUGGAAACAUUCAAAUCCCAGGUGGAAAUGAACCAAGUCUACCAGCUGACAAGCGGACAGGAGCUGGAGUCCUGCAUUGGUUGCAUGCAGGUGCCCGCCAACACCAAACUGUUACGGCUAUGCCAGGAGGAGGGUGAAGGAGAGUGCCAGCAGUGCUACUGUAGACCCAUGUGGUGUCUCACCUGUAUGGGCAAAUGGUUUGCCAGCCGCCAGGACCAGCAGAAACCUGAGACCUGGUUGGGCAACAGAGUGCCUUGCCCCACUUGUAGGGCCAAGUUCUGCAUCCUGGAUGUCUGCAUUGUCCCCUGAUCACUCAAUACUGUGUUCCUCUCAGUCAAUUCUAAAGAUAUGCAUAGGAAUCUGCUGGUGGUUUGGUGCGAUGUACAUCAGAUAGCCCUUGUGAUUACUUUUCUAAUUGUGCCUUGUCUCUAUUGCAUCAUUAGUGCCAUUACUCUGCUAUGGGAAACCUUGGCAUAUUCUAGUUUUGUUCUAACUUUGCUCUUCAUGAUUUUGAUUUGAUCAAAUAUUUUUCCCUGCACAAUAUGGCUACAACAUGAACUUUGAGCUUUAAAGCUGGGUAGAUUUCUAAGUAGAGGUUAAAUUUAGUCUCAGCAAAAUGAUGUUUCCAUGAGCAGCACCGACGAUAUUGCGAUGAGCGAGAUGCAAGGCUCGCACAGUAUCUGUGCAUGUGCUCGUGUUCGUGUCACAGUGUUAAGAGUGGUAGGUAUGAACCAAAACAGCUGAGAAGUUUAGCCUCGUGAGUCAAUGCUCGUAGUUGUGGAAAUCAACCCACUAUGCUGUUUACUUUGUGUACCUACGUCAUAUCGCUGAGUCACUUAAGCCUACGUUUGUCUGCCCCUUGAAUUACCUUGUGUGGUUUUCAACAUCUUCCAGUUGAUUGAUCUGAUGAGACUCAAAUGGGGCAAAAUGUAGUAGGCUCUGGACAGUGCAGCACAACAUAUCUUUACUCUGUUUUUACUGUCUCUUUUUCAAGGGUGCUGUAAUGGAAACAUUUUGUUAAUCUUUGUGUUAUCAGUCUUUCAUCGGUCUGUUAUGCAAUUACGGAACUUUGUCAAGUAGGGCUAUGAAAAUAUAAUUAAUGAAGUAGUCAGUUGAUGACAUGGGGAAAACUGAUGUGGUACAUGGUUUUUUAAAAUUGCCAUAUACUUAAUUUCACAAUUAUGUUACCUUUAUUAAAAUAUAGCUACCCUCUAA